CUCCAAAACCUUGUUUGUUUGAAAUGGAGAACGAUCCCUUGAGACAGCAAAUUGCCUCCGUGAAGCAAUCUCUCUUGAAUGAGGGAACUCUGGACUCAAACUUUUUUCAUCUAGAGCAGCUUCAAGGCCCUAAUAACCCAAACUCUCUAGAGUUGUUAGCUAGUUUGUUCCUCAGAGAUUCAGUGAACAAUAUAAUUAAAAUUGAGCGGAAGAUCAACAGUAGCCCUGUUGAUUUCUCAUCAAUCGAGAGAUUGAUCCAGGAGUUAAGGGCAAAAAGCUCUAGAAUAGGGGCCCCAAGAGUUAGCGAUAAGCUGUAUGCAGUGUGGAACAACUGCAACGAAGAUACUGUGGAAAGUUUCAAGGCAUCUCUCCAGGAGCUGAAGCUGGAGAUUGAGACCCUCAGCCUAAAGCUUGCGACUUAUUUUGCGCUGGUGAGGCAAACCCAUCCUAAUGGAGUAGGGCCUUCUCGCUAAGCUAUCGCUGGAAGUAGAAGGGUGACAAGUUGGUGGGCAUACAACACUAGUUGAUAUGCAAAUCGUCUAUUUUUAUCUCUAAAUUGGCAAUCAAAUAAACUCCAAAGGAUACUGUUUCCUGUGUGCUCCUUAUUUUCUCUUUUUAAUAAUUA